UUUUGUAAUUAUUUCGAUUUAUAUGUAGUAAAAAGACCAUUAAAAGUUGAAUGCUGCAAUGUCGUUUUAUUUGUUUUUAACCUAAUUUUUGCUUGUAAAUAUUUGCAAGCAAAGUUUAUGAUGCAAUAUGGGCCCUUAAAAAGCGGCACAGCGAAAUCAUUAACUUGUAGUAAUUAGAGUCGGCAAAGAAGGGCCGACAAAGAAGGUGCAACUACAUUCAUUGACUUUUUAGGAACACCAACUGGCUUUUCUUUGAUUCUAAGUGUAAUUUGAAUCUUAAAAGAAAAGAGGCAAUUUGAGGAAAGAAAUUACUUAUUUACAUUUGGCAUCUUUCGAUUAGAAAAAAAUGUGUACAGCAGCUCAGCCAACAAAUGCUUAAAACAAGUAGAUUCAAAUAUUUACAAAGAUGAUAAUGCUUCUAUUCGUAUCGUUUAUUUUUACCCAAUUAAUCAAAGUAAUAAAGUUGGUCAACAAAGAAAAUGAAGUUUGGUUUAAAAAGGAAAAACCAGAGAAUACGUUGUCAGCAAAGGCUUUGAAUAUUCACGUUCAAGAUGUCUGCCAAUACUUCCAAUAAUAUUUGUGAUCAAAACGGCCAGUCUGGCUUCAACGAGUCAACUUUCAACAAGACAUGCGCUUCAAGGCAACUGGGAUUUUCCCCUUUCUUGUCAACAGAAGCAAGAGUCUCUUUGAUUGCUGUUUAUUGCCUGAUUUUUGCUCUUGGAUUCCUUGGAAAUGCUCUUGUCCUUUACAUCAUAGGAAAGAAACGGGAGCUGACUGGUGGAGACACGUUCAUUCUGUCGCUUGCAUUUGCCGAUUUGCUGGCGUCUGUUUUUGUGCCAGUGCUCGUAAUCCACGACUUGGUGUCCAAUCUGAAAUGGCAGCUCGGUGCGGCAAUGUGCAAGAUAUUGCCGUCCAUCUCACCAGUCACUCUCAUUGUGUCGUCCUGGUCUUUGGUUCUGAUUGCGAUUGAUCGUUACAGAGUGAUUAAAAAACCACUGGCACAACGAAUAUCUCAAAAACUAAAAUGCGCAGCUGUGGUUUUCUCGUGGAUUUUUGCUGUGCUGCUUUCAUUGCCAUACACCUUGAGCCAAAAAAUCCACAACGAACAUUUGUGCAUUGAAGACUUCAACUUUAUGGAUCCCAAAACGAAAAGUGCUUACGUUUGUUUAUGGUUGUUUGUCGGUUGGAUUAUGCCCUUGUUCGCGGUUUCAAUCAUUUAUUGCCUCUGUUCGCAAGAGCUUCAAAGAAACCAUUUUGGUAAAGAAACCAAUGACACGACAAGAAAAAGAGCUAUGGAGAAUAGAAGGGUAGUCAAGUUAUUUGUUACCCUUGUCAGUAUGUUCGCUAUUCUCACUUUGCCCUACUCUGUAUUUUACAUUACAGUCCACUUUGUUUUGACGUAUUUAAGAAAAGAGGCAAAUUUUGAUCUGAUCUGGACAUUGAACUAUCUUCUUUUUGUGCUCACAAACAUUAAUAGCUGCACAAAUCCCCUUAUUUACGCUAAAAUGCACAAAGAAAUAAAUAGUUUUGCUGGCAAGGCAUGGCGGAGAAUCAGAUGCAUUGCUAAGUCUCCUGCAGAUAACAGGUCAAUGGAGGCCUCGUUUUCUGACAUGAAGACUACUAUUCAGUCAUCUCAAUAUGGAAAGAAUAAUAAAGAAGUCGAGCAAAAAUUCACAAACAAAGCUUUUAGUGAUUUAGAGUAAAGUGUUGAAAACAAAGGUGUAAAGCAAAGGGGUUUAGGGCAAAGCCUCUCUUGUAUGUACGGAUUUAAGCGGCAAGAAUUGGGGGUUGGGGUGGUGUUAGAUAAUUAUUGGAUUUUUCUGCCACACCCUUAACAUGACUGGAAAAUGAUGGAAACACCAAAUUUAAAAAUUCGUCUUUAAGGUUUAGAAGAUUAGAAGAUAAAUAAAGUGAAUUUUGCAUUAUUUUGUUGCUACUGACCACCAAAAAUUGCUUUUGCCGAAUCAAAGCAAAAUUUACCAAAGGAAAAUUUAGCCUUUAUGGAAUCCUGUAAGUAAAGAAGGAUUAAACUUUGUCUAGUAUACUUCAUUUUGAAAAAUCGUAACUAUUCCAAAAGCUUUCAUUAGUCAAUAAUAGUAACUAAUGGGGUUUUUUCUUUAAUUUCAUUGGCUACAAAUGGGGGUCAUUUUGUUUUUCUCCAAUUAGAGUGAACUGCUUUCAGUUAUAGUCAUAUUCUUUUCAAUUGGAUACGUUUCAGUUCAAUGGGAAACUAGAGAGUUUAAGCACAGGCGACGAUAACGAUACCGAUAACGAUAGAGUCUACUGUCAUCGUUUCCGUUAUCGUUGUGGUAUAAGUACAUUAAGCAUGGACACCCGUAGGGGACUGCAGCUCUACCGCAUGACACACUUCCUUGUUUGGCACGGAAGUCUAGUUUUGAAUGCCCCACAAAUGUUAAAAAUUAUUUAGCUAAAUAAAAUAUGACCGUAAAAAUGUUAAUUAAGUUCUUGCUGUCACACACAGCUUUGAUGUUAUCAAUGACGAAGAUCUUCCUCUUCUGUUGGAAUUACAAAAAGGCCUAAAUUUAUUCUGAAAGUUUCAUACUCCAUAUUUGCACUAUGAGAUAACUGAUACCGAAAAAGUUCCGAUUUGAGAAAAUAGAUUUUCAAUUUAAAUGAAUGAGUUUAUUUCCAACGUAGAGUUAUUAUAUACAAAAUACUACAAAGUUAACAAGAGCGUUUCUUCCUCCUUUUCUGCACAGCCUUCCUUCUUCCAGCCCUCGUCUACCAAAAUUUUGCUGUUAGGUCAUCUCGCAUUAAAGCUCAUCUCAUCUUGGGCAAAUGACAGUCAUUUGAAAUGUCCACUAAAACCUUGAAAAAAUUUGAGAGAUGGUGAAUACACGUUCCAGCCAAAACACGAACAAUCUUUUUCUCAACCUUGGUAGUUUAAGGUCGAAACCCUCAGAAAAUAACGACCUUGGUCGCUUGACACAAAUUUUAAAGAAUUUGUUUAAUAUUAGAGUAAUAAAAAAGUUUAAGUUCUCAAUCUUUGUUACCGAAUUUGCAGAAUUUUUAUUGAAUUUCAUCGCUGCAGCCUAUGUGAAUCUUUACAAUAUAGGUAGGCCCAAUUCCAUCAUGAAAAUAAAAUUAUGAAUCGCUUUAAACAAACAAGAGAAACAAAAAACUCACCCGCAUGAUUUGAGGCUUGAUAAUGAAGUGGCUGAUGAAGCUAUUUCCAGUUGAAAAUCCUCAUAAAACUCAGCAAAAUCCGUCACCGAAUCCUAUCGUUGUCACAGAACGAUACAUCAGAUUUCUAUCGUACUAGAACCAUGAGUGAGAACGAUAACGGAAGGGGAAUCUCCACUGACGCCUGCGCAUUAAGGUAAUAAAGCCUCCUAUCGUUAUCGUUAUGGUUAUCGUCGCCCUUGCUUAAACUGCCUACUAUCUCUCCAUUGGCCGACAACUAAAAAAUCAAUAGAGAGUGCGGGAAAAUAACCGACCCGAGCGAGACUCGAACCCACGACCCCUGACUUUGUACGUACAAAACAUGCCAAGAAUUGCAUUUACUGUUUAUUUUCAGUUUUAUCUACAUAUUGUAUAUAUUGUAUAAAUAUAGAUGUAUAUUGUAUUAUUAUAAAUUGUUAUUCUAAAAUGUAAUCUUAAAUUAGCCUCUUGCAAAAUGCUUGAGAAAUGGGGGCUUUUAAUUUAGCUCAAAUGCAUGGGGCAUUCUUUCUCUUUGCAGCUGUACUUACCUUAUCAUUAUGAUGUUUGAAGGUUUUUGAAGAGUUUUGCUAAAAUGGAUGCCUAUGAGCAUUAGAAGGAUUUGGCCAGAAGUUAUUUUCACGUUUUUGCUGAAUGGGGAAUUGAAUCGAACCUUUACUUUUCUUUCUCUGUCCAACCCUGCCUACGCAUACACGAUAUCAAGACCCCUAAAACGGCAAUUUUCAUAUUGGAGUGCCCGUGGCAUUCUUGGAACAUCAUCUAAUACUUUAUCUGGCAUGCUGCAACAACUCAGUUACGACUCCAAUGAAACGAAACCUAUCUUGAUGAAACAAAUGAACAUUCCUACCCACUGCAACUUGUAUAUUCUGUCAUUGAAACUAAUCAUGACUAACCCUGAACUGAUAGAUUUCUAAAUAUUGUUAGCAGGUCGGCAAUGCAGAUAAGCCAGUUAUAUGAUGCCUGUAAAAGAAAUUCAUAUAGUUGAAAAUUUAAAACAUAUUCAAUAUAAAUGAGGGGCUUAAAAAGAUAAUUAUGUGAAUAGUUGCAAUUCUUAUAACAAUUGAGAUGUACACUUGUUUUUACUUGAAAAUUAUCAUUGAGGUAAAUGAAGCACUUCGUUGAUAAAGCAUUUUUUGAUUGGCAACAGUAUAAAAGCUGUUGACCAGCAACGUAUUUACAUAAUACACUGCAGGUUUAAUUUACAAAAUGGUUAUUAUCUUGGUGCAUAAGCAUGUAACAUGCACUUGCCAAUUUUUAUUGAGAAAUACAGCAUUGUUACAGUCAAAAAAGUGUAUAGUGAUAUGUCCUAUAAAAUCAAAACUGGCUCAUUCUUUCAUGGCUUUCUGAAAUAUUAUCUUUAUGCUGUUUUAAUUAUUGAAGCUUGAACAGGGAAAAAAACAGAAAACCAGACUAUGUACUAGUUUUAAUGAUGUUCUUAAAGUGAAAGCAAAACUAUUAAAUAAUUUUUUCAUCUCUAGAAAUUUACAUAGUAUAUUCAGAAUGAUUGCAUCAUCCAAUUCAAAAAGGGUAGCAUUAACACAGAAAAAGGUAGAAAAUCUACAAUGUUUAACAAUAUUGUUCAAAGACACGUGUCAUUAGUAAUAACAAUCUUAAAUAUGUACAAAUCUACAGUGUUAAAACUUUACACCAAACAUCCUUAUUUUCUUUCUUUCCAAUAUAGGAUUAGGGGCAGCCAGGUUGGAAAAUAUGACGUGUGAUUUUGGCUAUGUGUAGCUACGAGCAACAGCACACUACUAGCUGUGACAUGCAAGCAAAGUCUUUUUAGGCAAAGCUGCAGGCUCACAAAUACAUGACUACAGUACAACAUACA